AUUUGGAACCAAAGAGGGCCUUAUUGUGACCCCACCUGCCAGUGGCGCACAAACACCGCAGAAACCCUAGCUUCCCACCAGAACCCCUCACCUAGUCACCUCCCUUCUCCCUCCCCCGCCUCCUCCUCCUCCCCAGACCUCCCCUACCGGCGGCUUACCUUCCCCGCGUGCGCGUGAAGGAGAGCGGCCCGCGGCGAUGGGGAAGGCGUCCAAGGGCUCGCGGAAGGGGAAGAAGGCGUGGCGCGCCAACAUCCGCACCGACGACAUCGACGACUUCUUCGAGAAGCAGACGCGCGAUGCCCACGCGGGCGCCGCCGCCAUCCCCUCCCUUCCUUCCGACUCGCUCUUCUUUGUCGACAAGCCGGCCGCUUCCGCGUCUACUUCCGCCGCCGGCGCCUCGGACACAACCACCAAAGAUAUUCCUGUCAAAAGGAAGAUCGAGAAGAAGAGGGAGAAGGUUCUUUACCAUGAGAGUUUGUUGAAGCGGAAUCCAUUUGUGCAGCCAAUCCCAUCUUCUGUGGUGAGCAAGAAGGAUAAGAAGAAGGCAAAGAAGAAGGAACUGCAGGAGACACAGGGAGAGAAAAGUGUCCCUAUGGAAGAUGAUUCUGUAGUAAAGAACUUUGACAUCUGGGCUGUGGAUGGUAGAGGUGAUUCCAAGGCAAAAAAGAGAUCUACUACAUCAGUUAUUCCUGCUGUUGAAGUUGAGCCUGCAGGAUGUUCAUUUAAUCCUCCAUUGGAAGCGCAUCAAGACUCCCUUGCUCAAGCUGUAGCAGACGAAAAGCGUAAAGAGUACAUGAAAGAAUUGGGGCCAGCACCUGUACCACUCAUAGUUCCUGGUGAAGCUAUAACUGAAGAAGAUAAAUUCUUUCUUGAUGCUGAUGAUGGAGAUGAAGAUGCUGCAGAAGAGGAUGGAGAUCAGGAUGCUGAUAAUUCGGUUGGACAAAGGAAGAACAAAACAAAAAGAGUUACCAGAGUAGAACUGAAUAAAAGAGCUCGUCGGAAGGAGAGGUUAAGAGCAGAAGCGGAAGCAAAGAAAAUGGAAAAUAUUUCAAAAGAAAUUGACAGCUUGCCAAAUAUAAUGAAUGAGAUAGCUAAAGAGGACAAGGAAAAGGAGAAGAGGCGCAUACGGCGAACUGUGGUUAAAGAGGAGAGGCGUAAAUUGGGCCCACCUCGUCUGGGCAGACACAAAUUUGAACCAGCUCCUGUUCAAGUUCUAUUGACAGAAGAGAUUAGUGGCUCUCUUAGAAAGCUAAAGGGGUGUUGUAAUCUUGCAAGGGAUCGCUACAAGAGCAUUGAGAAACGUGGAAUACUUGCACCAAGCAAGAGAAUAAGCAAACAUCGGUAGUGAUAUCAAGCAGGUGAUUUGGUGAUCAUAACCUUGUCCCCCAACAAUAUCGAGGACAAGACAGAGGGAUUGAAGAGGCUUUACGAUGAGAAGUCCCUGUUAUAAGCAAAUAGCUUGUUUUACGGCAUUUACAUCUCCCGUUGCAUUUUCAGUGCCUAGUAGGGCAGGGAAUGUUUCUCCCUUUCGAUGCUUCUUUUCUUUGCCACAUGGAUCCUAGGAGUUGUUUAGUACUUAAUGGAUGUGACAUGAAUACAUGACAGUAAGAGGGCUUAUUUAUUUGUGUUGAUUCUGUUGAUACGGGCUGUUGCUAUACAA